GUUUUAGUCUGGUUUUCUUUCUCUGAAGGCGACUUGGGAGGUGUUCCACGAAAGCACCACUCAGAGGGAGCUGCAGGUGCUUGUUUAGGAGGUAACCCAGGAGACGAAGGAGGGAAAAAACUGACGACUUGUGAGACGAGAACAGAACAACAGCAAGACUGUGCUGGAGCACCGAAGAGUAAAACAUGACAGAGGUGACAUCGCCCACCUUCCACCUGUGUUCGGUCUCCUGUUGACACCUUCAGUAGGAUCAGGAAAUCCACUGCUAUGACCUACCUGGCUCACACAGGCCACGCCCAGUUUGGUGCUCUCGGGCUGGCCUGUUUGGGAUGGAUGCUCACCGGCGUGGCUCUUGGACUGAUCCAGUGGAGGGUGUGGCAGGUAUCGGACAGGGCGGUGAUCACCUCCGGUGUGGCAUGGGUCGGACUCUGGAGGGUCUGCUUCGCCAGCCACACCGUGGUGAGCGAGGGCUUCAAGGUUAUGUACUGCAGGUACAUCAUGCUCACCGAUUCCUUCACGCCACCUGAGAUUGCUGCAGGUCAGGUCCUCAUGCUCCUGUCUCUGCUGGUGGGGGUUUGUGGGAACGCUAGUGGUGUUUACUCCAUGAGGAUUGUCUACUUUGGGAUAGGUAAGAACUCUACGGUCCGCCGCGGCUUCAUCCUCACGGGAGUGCUGUGCCUCCUCGCUGCUGCGAUAUCGCUCGUGCCUCUCCUCUGGAAUCUGAGCGCUGUGGUGACCAAUCAGACCAUCGAGUUCCCGCCCGAGUUUAAACUCCCCCCAGCACCUGAAUCUCAGCACGUGGGAGGCGGCAUUGGUGUCGGGAUGGCAGGAUCGGUCCUGAUGAUUGUCUCUGGGAUUAUUUUCUGCACAUACCGAUUACCAAAGAGGCCUUUGAGAGAGCAGGUGCACCAGGAAAAUGACACCCGGGGGGAAGAUAACCCCACAUUUGAGUUUCAGGAACACUUGUGAGGAGUUUGUGUUUGAUAAAAUGGACAACAAAAAAAAGGUUUUUGCACAGACUUUACACUCGUUUCUUCCUUUUAACUCCUCAAAUGUUUACAGUGACUCAUCUAGUUUUAUAAUCUCAAGGAGGAUGACUCAUCUGCUGACAGCAAACACCCAUAACACCCUCACCUUCAUAUGCCUGAGAAGCAGGAAAAUGAAGAUAACAUGUUUUUUACAAAACAGACAACUCUUUAACUUAUGGUUUAAAAUUGGAGCCAAAAAAUCCCCCUUAUAGACAAAAGCUGUUAAGCUACUUUAAAAACUGCAUUGAUGCGUUAAUAACGCUCAUCUGCUAAAUAGCUGAAUGUAAAUGUU